UACAAAUUGAUAUAAUUUGAAAAUAUUUUAUUUGUAUCGACCGACGAAAAACUAUUUCCACAUAUGUUACAAGAAUAAAAAUCAAUUCAUCAUUAUUCGCAAAUUUUGUGAAUCAAACACAUAAUUUUUUUUUGGUGUGUUGAAUGAAAGCGAAUAGAAAAAAGCAGCAAUAGGAAAAUAAAAUUAGUUUUGUGGUCUACGUGCACAACGAACAGCAUCAAAAUCUAUCAGGUAACGUGUAAAAGAGACAACUAGUGGUGUUCAGUACGUACGCAUACAUGCACAUAUGCCAUCAGCCCGAAUUGUAUCGAUAUUGUACAUAUGAAUCGUGUAAGCGAAUGUGAGUAUAUGUUCGUCGUGACCUAAACAAUGGCGUCAUUUGAAGAACGUAGUAUUUCAAGUAAAGUUGACAGCAGUGAUGCAGAGACAACUGAUUGUGGCAAAGAAAAAUUACAAUUUUCACGCAUAAAUGCGAUAAAUAACGUAAUCAAUGUGCAAAAUUCAAGUGAAUUAAUUAUGGCUGAUCGUACAUCGACCAUGGAUAAUGUGAUAAUAGAAAAUCAUGUUCAAUUACAAUCGUCAACCAGCACGGAUACACAUUCAGACACAUCAUCUGGACAAACCGAUUGCAAUUCAAACUCAAAUCAUGGCAAUUUUGAGGCUGAAAAUAUUGUUAGCUCAACACAAGAAACCACAAAUGAUUCGUUUAAUGUGAAAUUGAAUAGUGAUAGCAUGAAUAAUAUUGUAAACAAUAGUGACGUAAUCGAUGUAAAAUCAACACCAACGUUGCCAAAAUCAAUGGCAAAUGAAAAACACAUAAACAGCGAACAAAGUCACGUAGCUGUUACAGCCAGUGCAUUGUCCAGUCAAAAUAGAAAAUUAAUGGACGGUGAAUCUAAGCGCCAUUUGCAUAUCACCGACUCGUCGAAAACAAAAUCAAAAACAACCGAACAUGAUAUAUCGGGUGUUCGAAGUAGUCAGAAAAAGAAGAAAAAGGAUCGUGAAAGAGAUAGAGACAGAGAUAAGGACAGGGACAGAGACAAGUCGCAUCGGCAUAAAAGCCAUUCGUCAUCAAAAUCGACUUCGUCGUCGUCAUCGUCGUUACUGUCGUCCGCGGCACCAGCAUCAUCGUCUGAUAGUAAAUCGGGAAUUUCAGCAUCAGACAGCAAAUUAGCGAGUCAUCAAACAUCCGAUCUUGGAAUCGGCCACUUAAGCGCCAAUCAAAAUUCACACGAAAAAACAAAUAAAAUCGAUAAAAGUGAAAAAUGUAAAUCGUCUAGUACUUCAAGUUCGGUGAAGCCCACUUCAUCAACAAAUCAAAUUGAAUUGAACGGAAAUCAUUCAUCAAACGAAAGUGCCUCUCGUACCGAUUCUAGCCAAUCCAAUGGGAAUUUUAACGGCAAAGAAACGAACACAAAAUCCCAGCAAAUUAUCAAUAAUAGUGAUGCACAAAAUAGUCGAACCGUCAGAAAUUCGGAAGAAUUGAACAAUGUACCCGACACAACAACUACAGACAUCGAAUCGAAUGGCAAUAAAAUGAGUCCAACUACGACCACAACAAUAACAACAACACCAACACCCACUGCCAAACCGAAAUCAGAACGUAAAGUGUUUGUACCAUCGAAUGUUACAUUUGCUGAGCGAAAACCAACCGAAGUUGCUGGAAUUGUAAUAAAAAAAGAUUAUUUGCCGCCACCGACCAAAGUGAUCAAAGUGGAAAAGACACGCGAUGAUGUAACGCGCGUUUUAAACUAUGACACCGAGCCGAAUACCGUGCGAAAUUCUGUUAACACGGAAACCGUAAAUGUCAAUGAAUCGAAGGCGAUUGAAGGACAAAUAAGAGUUGAACAAUUGGAGGCAACCAUCAAAAUGGAGCCAAGUGAUAAAAAGAUCUCGGAUGAAAAGCAUCCGAAAAAAUCAAUUACGAAUAUUCACAUAUCGGACGAUAAAGAGAAUUCAAUGCAAAAAAUGGACACAAUAAAAAAACCGAAAGAAGAGAAUGUUCCAAGUGUGAAAAUUAAAACGGAAUUUAAAUCGCGUGAAAGUAGUAGCGAGAAAAAAGAGAGCAAACCAUCAAAUCGAGACAAUGGCUCAUCCGAACAUCGUCAUCAUUCAUCAUCGUCGUCGUCAAAAUCGUCAUCAAAAUCAUCAUCGCAUCGAAGUGGCAGCAGCGGCAGUCGAGAUUGUUCGCGAUGUUAUCGACGAUCGAAAAUUAAACGAACUAGCGUUGGUGUUCAAUGCUGUAAAUAUGGUGAACCUUUCAAGCAUAUAACACCAGCAUCAACGCCACUCAAAUGCACAAAAACCCUUGCCUGCAACAUGACCGAUAGUCUCUAUAGUGAUUUGAAAUAUGGACGCUUUUUCCAUGUUGAAGUGCAUACGAAUGGCGGCGCAUCAAUUGUACACAUGUAUCAAAAUGAAUUGGAUAAUUUAAACGAAACUGAAAUGGAAGAACUAACCGAAGAAUUCUUUCGUGUUGUGUUCAGCGAAGACGAAAAUGGAUUCGCCCAUCAUGUUAUGGGCAUUGUACACGAUGCAGCUCACUAUAUACCUGAUUUGCUAGAACACAUGGCCGACAAUUAUUCAACGCUAACAAUUAAGGCCGGUGUAUUGGGACGAAAUUCAGAUAUCGAAACAUCAACACUCGCUCAAUACUAUGAACAAGUUGAAAAACACUAUUCGCAUGGCACAUUCCGAUAUGGGCCAUUGCAUCAAAUUAGUUUAGUCGGAAAAGUUCAUGAAGAAGUCGGCGGAUAUUUUCCAGAUCUUUUGGGUCGAUUGGAAAACAAUGCUUUUCUUAAAAAGACGAUGCCAUGGGGAGAAAAGUCGAUAGUACAAAUGGAUCCACGAUUAUCAAACGACGGGCCAAUUUUAUGGGUUCGACCAGGCGAACAACUUGUACCCACCGCUGAACUUACUAAGACACCGAUGAAACGACAGCGAACCCGGAUAAAUGAGCUGCGUAAUCUACAGUACUUACCCCGAUUGUCUGAGGCAAGAGAAACAAUGUUCGAAGAUCGUACAAAAGCGCAUGCAGAUCAUGUUGGUCAUGGUCAUGAACGAAUGACAACGGCUGCCGUUGGAGUAUUGAAGGCUGUCAAAUGUGGUCAAAAUGAGGUGCAAAAUCGAAUCACAAAAGAUGUAGUUGCUUUUUAUGCAGGUGACUUUCCACACUUGGUCGAAAAACUUCAAUUAGAUCUACAUGAGCCGCCAAUAAGUCAAUGCGUCCAAUGGAUUGAAGAUGCGAAACUGAACCAACUAAGACGAGAAGGCAUCAAAUAUGCUCGCAUUAAUCUCUACGAUAAUGAUAUCUAUUUCUUGCCGCGAAACAUUAUUCAUCAAUUUCGAACUGUGACUGCUGUCACCAGCAUUGCUUGGCAUCUUCGUUUACGCCAAUACUAUCCAGGCCAAGAAGUAAUAAAUGAGCAUAAUGAUCCAAAUCUUGCUGAGACGCCGCAUUACAAGGAGAAACAAACGAUUUUACCGCAUCCAAUAAGCGCUGAAGUUGAGAAAAAGGCCCAAACACCGGUAAAACGAACGCACGACGGUAAACCGAAGAAAGAUAAAAAGGAUAUGUGCAAAUCUCCAAUGAUUAAUGAACAAAAUUCACCCAAAGAAGUCUGCAUAAAAGCAGAUGAGGCUAAAAUUGAUAUGAGAAAAUUGAUCAUCGAGCAUAAGUCACACAAAAAGAGUUCGAGCUCGGGCAGUUCGAAUAGUUCGACAAAGAAUCAUUCAACAUCAUCUUCGUCAUCAUCAUCCAGUCACAGUAAAAAAGAGAGGGAUAAGCAUAAAUCAUCGAGCAGCAGUGAUUCGCACCGAUCUCAUUCAUCAUCGAAGAAAUCGCACUCAUCGGAAAAGCAUCGACGAGACGAAAGCCGAAAAUCAUCAUCAUCAUCAAAUCAUUCCUCAUCAUCAUCGUCCGAAAAGCAUAAGUCUACUGAAAUUAAAAAAGUGGAACAACCGAAAGAUCAAGCAAAUACAUCACAACCAAUGAGCGAGUCGACCCACGAAAUCAAUGAAGUAAAAGAGGUGGUAUCACCGAUUCAAGUCACAUCAUCGCAUCCAAUUGUUUCGGCACCUUUACAACCUUCUGAACCAAUGACAUUUCCCGAACCAAUUGCUCAAAAUCCUCAAAUAAUUUCAUGCGUUGUAGAACAACCUUCAAUUCCACCGCUCCCACCAAUAUUGCCACCGCUUCCUAAAGAAAUGCCAAUUGAAAUACCGCCACCACCGCCGCCUCCGCCAAUUGAAAAAAAUGAACCGAAGUCAAUUAACAAAAGUAACAUUAUGCCAGAUUCAUCGACGCAACAAUCACCGCAAUCUCCGGCACCAAAAGUUCGAAAAUUGAAUAACACCGAAAAAUCCACUUCAAGCACCGAUAUACUCGGCUCAAUAAUGGCCAGUAUGACAAACAUGGAUUCGCCGAGAAAUUCAUCGAAUUUUUAGUGUGAAUUAAACCGCUUUAAUGCAUGAAAUUGCUAACAAAAUAGUGAAUUUUGAAAAUAUUGUUUGAAAUUACACAGCUUCACAGUUUUAGUCAUUGGAAAAUUAGCAAAAAGCGAAUAGCAAAAGGAAUUUUCUUUUACGGAAAAAAGAAGACGAAAUAAUGUACAUAAAUGUGAGAAUAACGUAUUAUGCAUUAGUCACAUUUUAUUUGUUCAUUUGUUCGUAGCAGAAUGAUUGGUGCAUUGCAUUUUAAAUUUAAUUUGUUCAAAUUCAAUGUCAUUGUCAAUUUUUACACUCUGCUGUGUAGCUUCUGAUCAUUAAUUAAUAAUUUAUUUUUAAUGCGGCGAAUUAUAUUGCAUAAGGUACAUACAUACACAUACAUAUAAAUGAGUAUUCAUUUAAAAAA